CCCAUGCUGCCUGCACGCCUGAGCCGCCGGCUGCUGGGCCGCUGGCUGCGAGGAUGCGCUCCCGCCGCCGCGCGCCUUGGGCUCCGAGAUCCGAUCCUCGAGGGAUGCGUGGCCGCCGCCUCCCGGUUCCCGUCGGGCCUGGGCCCUGGGUUUCCCCGUGGCCCGACGGCGCCGAGGGAUUACGAAGGAAGGCCUGACGCGGAGGAGCGCUUUCUGUUCCCCGAGUACAUCCCCGAGCCGGACCCCGAGCCGGACCUCCACGAGCAGUUCCGAGAGCUGCAGCGGCUGCAGGAGGAGGAGGAGCGGCUGAAGCAGCAGCGGCGCGAGGAGCGGUGGCAGCAGAAGCUGCGGCAGCAGAAGCUGCGGGUCAGGCACCUGGAGCACCCCGCGGCGGUGCUCCCCGACCCGUCGGUCGCGCCCAGCGGCCUGAACUGCUCGGGCUGCGGCGCGGAGCUGCACAGCCAGGACCCCGGCGUGCCCGGCUACCUACCCGGCGAGAAGUUCCUCCGUGCGGCGGCGCAGGCCGGCGGCGGGCUCUCGCGGACCGUCUGCCAGCGCUGCUGGCUUCUGGUGCACCACCGGCGCGCCCUGCGCCUGCAGGUGAGCCGCGAGCGGUACCUGGAGGUGGUGAGCGCCGCGCUUCGGCGCCCCGGGCCCUCCUUGGUGCUGUACAUGGUGGACCUCCUGGACCUGCCCGACGCCCUGCUGCCCGAUCUGCCCGCCCUGCUGGGACCCAAGCAGUUGAUAGUGCUGGGCAACAAGGUAGACCUGCUGCCCCAGGACGCCGCCGGCUACCGGCAGCGGCUCCGGGAGCGGCUGUGGGACGACUGUGCCCGCGCCGGGCUCCUGCUGCCCCCCGGCCGAAGACGGUCACCUCACGGCGAUAAGGGCCCAGGGGACGAGGAGCAGACUGCAGAUCCGUCGGCCAGGUGCGGCACGGUGCUCAGGGACGUUCGACUGAUCAGCGCCAAGACCGGCUAUGGAGUCGAAGAGCUGAUCUCCGCGCUUCAGCGCUCCUGGCGCUACCGCGGCGACGUCUACCUGGUGGGCGCCGCCAACGCGGGCAAGUCCACUCUCUUCAACACGCUGUUGGAGUCCGAUUACUGCAUCGCCAAGGGUGCUGAGGCUAUCGACCGAGCCACCAUCUCCCCUUGGCCAGGUACUACUUUAAACCUUCUGAAGUUUCCCAUUUGCAAUCCAACUCCUUACAGAAUGUUUCAAAGGCAAAAAAGGCUUAAAAAAGAUGCAGCUAAAACUGAAGAAGAUCUUUGUGAGCAAGAACAAAAUCAACUCAAUCUCUUGAAAAAGCAUGGUUAUGUAGUAGGAAGAGUUGGCAGAACAUUCUUAUAUUCAAAAGGACAGAAGGAUGAAGCUACAUUUGAGUUUGAUGCUGACUCACUUGCCUUUGACAUGGAAAAUGAACCUGUUAUGAUUGCAGAUAAACCCACCAAACAAGUAGAAUUGACCCUAGAGGAUGUGAAAGAUGCCCACUGGUUUUAUGACACUCCUGGAAUUAUGAAAGAAAAUUGUAUUUUAAAUCUUCUAACAGAAAAAGAAGUAAAUAUUGUUUUACCAACACAUUCCAUUAUUCCAAGAACUUUUAUUCUUAAACCAGGAAUGGUUCUAUUUUUGGGUGCUAUCGGCCGCAUAGAUUUUCUGCAGGGAAAUCAGUCAGCUUGGUUUACAGUUGUGGCUUCCAAUUUACUUCCAGUGCACAUUACUUCCUUGGACAAGGCAGAGACUGUUUAUCAGAAGCAUGCGGGUCAUACACUGCUCAAGGUUCCAAUGGGUGGAAAAGAGCGGAUGGCAGGAUUUCCCCCUCUUAUUGCUGAAGACAUUAUAGUAGAAGGAGGACUUGGGGAUUCUGAAGCUGUGGCAGACAUCAAGUUUUCCUCUGCAGGUUGGGUUGCAGUGACACCUCAGUUGCAGGACAGACUGCACCUCCGAGGCUACACACCUCAAGGAACAGUGUUGACAGUCCGGCCCCCUCUCUUACCACAUAUUGUUAACAUCAAAGGAAAGCGCAUCAAGGGUAGUGUGGCCUAUAAAACCAAGAAACCGCCUUCCCUUUUGUACAAUCUGCAGACUAAGAAAAAAUAGAGAAAUUAAUGAAGCCAACCUUGUCCAUGUUGAAUAUUGACUACAUGGAACAUGGCCGUGUACAUAUUGUAUUAGAUAAAGUUACAAUAAAGCUCCCUGCCUCCACACUCUUUACUGCC